AUCGUCAAUAUGACACUACAAAAGAUCGUAGUGAACACUACCUUGUCGGGGUACCACUCCCCUCUAACCUCCCUCAUUGCAAGUGCUCUCGUAAACCUCGUCAACCCCAACAGCGUCAUUUUCCGCCAUGUUGAGAAGAUCCCUCGAGCUCCCGAGUCUGCCACUUUAUCUGUGAUGAUCAACGGUGCUACCUCUAUCCUCAACAGCGACCUUUCUCUGGCUCGGUUCAUCGCCAGCGCGGCCCCUUCCAGCUACGGCCUCUAUACCCCUAGCCCUCAGAUGGAGGCCUGGCUUGACCUUGUGGACAACACGCAGAAGUUGGGUAAUGAUACCCUGAAGACCAUCAAUGAUGAGCUUGCCCUCAAGACCUACCUCAUCGGCAACUCCCUCACCCUGGCUGACGCAGCUGUGUGGGCUCUCAUCGCCCGUAGCGGUGGCGCCUCUCGACUGAAGCCCUUCCCUCACGUGUCGAGGUGGUGGAAGUAUCUUGAGGCCCAGCCAGCCUUCAUCACUGCCAUGGAGGAGUCUAAGAACAGCAGUCAUCAGAAGUCGUCUUCUGCUGCUACUGCUGGCAAGGAAGAGAAGAAGGGCAAGGGCAAGGACCAGGCUAAUCUCGAGAACAAGCUCCCCGGCGCGGAAAUGGGCAAGGUCGUCACAAGGUUCCCUCCUGAGCCCUCUGGAUACCUCCACAUUGGCCACGCUAAGGCCGCCCUUCUGAACGACUACUACGCUAGAGCGUACAAGGGCAAGCUCAUCAUCCGUUUCGAUGAUACCAACCCUGCUAAGGAGAAGGCUGAGUACGAGCAGAGUAUCAUUGAAGACCUCGGGAUGCUGGGCAUCCAUGGCGAUCAGCUCACCCAUACGUCCGAUAAUUUCCCUCUCCUGCAGAAGUACAUGGAGAAGAUGAUCAAAAUGGGUAAGGCCUACGUUGACGACACUCCUGUUGACGUUAUGCGGGAGGAGAGGUCGAAGGGUGUUGAGUCUAAAUGCCGUAAUAGGAGUGUCGAUGAUAACAUCGCCCUAUGGCACGAGAUGCUCAACGGUACCGAGGUUGGUCAGACAUGUGUGGUUCGGGCGAAGAUAUCAAUGACCCACAAGAACAGGUGUAUGCGUGAUCCUACUUUCUACAGAGUCAUCACUGAUGUUCCUCAUCAUAAAUACGGUUUCCAAUACAAGGCGUAUCCUACCUACGAUUUCUGCUGUCCUAUUAUCGAUUCUAUUGAAGGCGUCACUCACGCCCUUAGGACUAUCGAGUAUGCUGAUCGUAAUGAGCAGUAUCACUGGGUCAUCGAUACUCUGGGUCUGCGCAACGUUACCAUUUAUGAAUUCUCUCGUAGUAACUUCGUCCACACGCUCCUGUCUAAGCGUAAGCUCACUUGGUUCGUUGACAACGGCUACGUCUCUGGCUGGGAUGACCCCCGCUUCCCUACUGUGCGCGGUGUGCUUCGCCACGGUAUGACCGUUGAUGCCCUGAGGGACUUCGUAUUGACUCAGGGGGCGUCUAAGGCCGGCAACCUGAUGGAGUGGGAUAAGAUAUGGACCAUCAACAAGCAGAAGAUCGACUCUGUCGUGCCACGUUAUGCAGCGGUUGGUGACGAUGCUGUUGAGCUUCUACUUGAAGGAGCACCAACCACUCCUACUGGCAAGGACGAGCCUAAGCAUCCUAAGAACCCCUCAUUGGGCAAGCGUUUGAUCAUGUUAUCGGAUCAUGUUCUCAUUGAUGCCGGUGACGCUGCUGAGCUCCAGAAAGGGGAGGAGGUUACUCUCAUGCACUGGGGUAACGCAGUUAUCGAUGAGAUUACUAAGGUUGGUGAUAAGGUUACUAGUCUCAAGGGCCACCUGCAUCUUGAAGGGAGUGUGAAGACUACUAAGAAGAAGCUCCAAUGGGUGGCGAAGGUGGACAAUCUUGCUCAUCUCAAAUUGAGGGAGCUGGACUAUCUCAUCACGAAGAGAAAGGUUGAGGAUGAUGAUAAUGUCGAGGAUUUGGUGAACCCGAACUCGGAAGUCGACGUGAUGGCUCUUGGAGAUCCUCUUAUCGCCGCUACCUUGAAAAAGGGCGAUCGCAUUCAGCUGGAGAGGAAGGGUUAUUUCAUUGUUGAUAAGAUUCCGAUGCCUUCGAAUGGCAAUGUGAUGACACUGAUCAACAUUCCUGAUGGUAAGACUAAGACCAUGACUGGCGACCUCAGGACUGGCGUGGACGUCACUUCCUCCUCAUCCCCUGAGCCUAGUAGGGAUGCCAAGAAGCAGUAGGAGUGUUAGAGGCGGUU